ACGUCAUUAUACUUCCGUGUUUACGUUGAGCUUCAGUAAAUGGCGGGUAAAUUGUUAGGUUAGGUUCGAGCCUGCUUUGUCUCAUAACAGGAAAGUGAAACUGAUUUUUUCCCCCUUUUUUUUUUAAAAAAAAAAAAAGCUCCACCAAAGACCCGAUCGCUAUGGCGUGUAAAAGAGGCGCUCUUAUUGUGUUGGAGGGGGUGGACAGGGCAGGAAAAACGACACAGUGCAAGAAACUGGUUCAAGCUCUGCAAGAAAGCGGUCGGCCGGCGGAGAUGAUGAGAUUUCCCGACAGGACGACAAGGAUCGGACAGCUAAUCAGCGCAUACCUGGAGAAGAAGAGUGAUUUGGAGGACCACACAGUGCAUCUGCUGUUCUCUGCCAAUCGCUGGGAACUUGUGCCUUUGAUGAAGAAGAAGCUGGAGCAGGGGAUCACUCUGGUUGUGGAUCGGUAUGCCUUCUCUGGAGUUGCUUUCACCAGCGCUAAACCUGGUUUUUCUCUGGACUGGUGCAGGCAACCGGAUGUGGGACUGCCAAAGCCCGACCUGGUGAUGUUUCUGCAGCUGAGCCCAGCUGAGGCUGCUCUGAGAGGUCAGUUUGGAAACGAGAGAUAUGAGACGAGUGUUUUCCAAAACGUCGUCCAGCAGAAGUUUAAGCAGCUGAUGGAGGAUCCUUCGGUCAACUGGCAGGUAAUUGAUGCUUCACAGACUGUUGAAGGAGUUCACAACAACAUCAAAGCCCACAGCUAUAAUGCCAUCAACUCUGCUGAGAACACAACACUUGGAGAGCUGUGGAAGUGAGUCUACAGCACAAACUUUACUUACCUUAGAUUUUUGUAUAACAUGUAAUAUAACAGUUAUUUUAAAACUAAAGAAUAUGCAGCUGUCAAAUA